AUGCAUUUUUUUUUCAAUUCAGAUAAUUGCCGCGUACUGGCGUUUCCGAGUUAUUUCCUAAUUGCUGACAAAUGUUUGGAGAGCCACACGUUCUUAAUUGUCCAACAUGUCCCGGAUAUGGAUCUUUGUGAACUGCUUUGUUACAACCGACCAAACUGCGUCAGUGUUAAUUACGAGAUACAAACAGAAAGACGAUGUGAACUGAACAAUUCAACACACCGAGCGCACGAUGAGGACUUUAAAGAGAGGGAAGGCUGCUUAUAUCAUAGAGCAAUUGUAAGUUUUUUGUCUUUUCUUUUUUCGUCUUCUUUUUCUUUCAUCAUCAUCAUCCCACUGUCGACAUCUUCAUCAUCAUCACAAUAGUCACCAUCUUCGACAUUAGAGGGAGCUUUAAGCAACGACGAAGACGACGUGGCGAAAACGUCUCUUAAGGAGUGAACUCACGCUGUAUCAAAAUCUAUCGUUCUUAUUGCACGUCGUUUAAUUUGUCACCUAAUGUUGGUGAGUUUUUCUGAAGUCGCAUUGUAAAGGACUGUAUCUAAGUUCAAAAAAAAUAAUAACAAUAAUAAUAAAAAGAAAAGAAUCGUUGUCUUGUGUUCACGUCCCGGUAGAAAAGGUGAAACUAAGAAGUUCCACGUGGUAGUCGUGCAACGAGGGCAGGGAAAUGUACAAAAAACGUGAUCUAGGUACAAAGUUUUUUUUUUUGGCUAAUCUUAACCUAUUUAACCUUAUUGCGUUUUCCUUGCCUUCGAGGUCGUCGUUGCUUAUAAGCUCCCUAUUAAUAAUUAUUAUCAUCAGGAUCGUAAUAAUUACCAUUGUCUUAUCAUCAUCUUCAUCAUCUUGUAGUUUGUAGUGGACGCUCUAUCAAGACGGUUUAACGUAACUUCUUCUCUUACAAUUCAAACCUGAUUUUUGUUCUUUCAAAGAGUGCUUGUGAUACUCCCCGUUGCCAAAACAACGGUACCUGUCAGUCNUCAUCAUCCCACUGUCGACAUCUUCAUCAUCAUCACAAUAGUCACCAUCUUCGACAUUAGAGGGAGCUUUAAGCAACGACGAAGACGACGUGGCGAAAACGUCUCUUAAGGAGUGAACUCACGCUGUAUCAAAAUCUAUCGUUCUUAUUGCACGUCGUUUAAUUUGUCACCUAAUGUUGGUGAGUUUUUCUGAAGUCGCAUUGUAAAGGACUGUAUCUAAGUUCAAAAAAAAUAAUAACAAUAAUAAUAAAAAGAAAAGAAUCGUUGUCUUGUGUUCACGUCCCGGUAGAAAAGGUGAAACUAAGAAGUUCCACGUGGUAGUCGUGCAACGAGGGCAGGGAAAUGUACAAAAAACGUGAUCUAGGUACAAAGUUUUUUUUUUUGGCUAAUCUUAACCUAUUUAACCUUAUUGCGUUUUCCUUGCCUUCGAGGUCGUCGUUGCUUAUAAGCUCCCUAUUAAUAAUUAUUAUCAUCAGGAUCGUAAUAAUUACCAUUGUCUUAUCAUCAUCUUCAUCAUCUUGUAGUUUGUAGUGGACGCUCUAUCAAGACGGUUUAACGUAACUUCUUCUCUUACAAUUCAAACCUGAUUUUUGUUCUUUCAAAGAGUGCUUGUGAUACUCCCCGUUGCCAAAACAACGGUACCUGUCAGUCUGGAUUCACAGAGAAAAAAUAUCGGUGUUUAUGUCCUUCUGGUUUCACUGGUACACAAUGUGAACAUGGUAAGUUGUUCUUGAAAAAAACUUUCGUUUUAUGCAAAUAAUCAAAUUUUCGUAAAUCGUAAUCAAGCUCGGGCUGUCCUUUGUCAUUUCCUACGACAGUGUAUAAAACGUUUGCGUAGCGAACAUUUUAAGGUUUUGCUAGCCUCUCGUUUCAAUUGGUCUAUUAACUGUCAUACAAUUUCAAAUGCUAUUUCCUCAAAUUUUUGCUCUUUGUGUCCGUAAUCUUAUGUGUUUCUUAGAGCUUAUUGUUGAGUAGAAGCAGUUCGUAAUUGAAAGCCUUUCUUCAAGAGCAUCUCAACUCUAAACCAAGAAAACGUGAUACGGCCUGAGCCUUGAUUAUACAUCUAAGCUCGUUGCUAGGAACCUCAUUUGAUUGAGCUCUCGAGGGACAGGGGAAGGGGGGUGGGAGAGUUCCAUAUAAAAAUGCUCUUCGAAAAAUUGGAAUGAGACCCCCAAGGGAAACUUACCCAAAUACCCAAAUAAGUUUUUCGAGGGAAUAUAACGGGGCCCAUAAGUUGAUAUAUAAGGAACAUGAAUAUCAAACAUCGAAACUGUGGGUCCAACCAUAACAAUUUAAUACGUUUAUUCGUAAAAGUGAAAAAGACAGGGAAAAAUGGCUUCACCUUGGAUUCGACACCAUUUUUUUCGACUUGCUGCUAAUACUGUUAUUAUCUUCUAGUAACCUCCUCUCUUGAUUUCAUGCACUGUAGACAAAAACGAGGGAAAGUCUAAAACACACAAUGGGAACUUAUUUUUUUGCAAUUAUUGGUCAAUAUGAUUUCAGACAUCAAUGAGUGUGAAGGAGGAACUCACAAUUGCAGUUCUAAUGCGGUCUGUAACAACAACAAAGGAUCCUAUAACUGCACAUGUAAACCAGGAUAUGAAGGGGACGGAAAUAAUUGCACAGGUGAUAUUUUUCGUACUUUAAGUCAUUUUGAAUGCCAUCGAAAGCAUUGCUGUUUUUUUUUUCCAUGAUAAGAUGCUCUUCAUAUAACUUCUUUGCUGGAUAGUAGACCAUAUUACCUCAAAAAUUUAAGGGGAAAGGUGAAUGCUUAAUACUGACCUUGUAUUUUAAAUGUUUUGUCUCCUAACAUUGCCGGCAUCAGAAACUUUGCUUUUUUGUUCUUUCUCAUGCAUUUCUUUUACAACUUUCUGCUCAGUGCUGGCCUCAAUUUUUAGAAAGCUGAGAGGAAUUCACUCUGCAAACUAAUCCGAUCUCUAUUGUUCUAUAUGAUUUCAGACAUCAAUGAGUGUGAAGGAAAAACUCACAAUUGCAGUUCUAAUGCGGUUUGUAACAACACCAAAGGAUCCUACAACUGCACAUGUAAACCAGGAUAUGAAGGAGACGGAGAUAAUUGCACAGGUAAUUUCUUUCAUAACUUCGUCAUUUUGCAUACCAUCGAAAGCAUUGCUGUUUUUAUUUUUCCAUGAUAAGAUGCUCUUUAUAGCAAUUCUUUGCUAGAUAAUAGACUAUAUUACUUCAAAAUUUUAAGCGGACAGGUUAAUGCUUAGUACCUUGUAUUUUUAAUGUUUUGUCUCCUAACACGGCCGGCAUCAGAAACUUUUGUUUUUCCUCAUGCAUUUCUUUCACAACUUUCUACUUGAUGGUAGCCUCACUUUUUAGAAAGCUGAGACGAAUUCACUCUGCAAACUAAGCCAAUCUCUAUUGUUCUAUAUGAUUUCAGACAUCAAUGAGUGUGAAGGAAGAACUCACAAUUGCAGUUCUAAUGCAAUUUGUCACAACAUCAACGGAUCCUACAACUGCACAUGUAAACCUGGGUACUUGGGAGACGGAUGGAACUGUACAGGUGAUGAAUACACAAAUACAUAGAGGACGUUUUGGUUAAUGGGGGAAGUAUCUUGACAAAUUCAAGUUUUAUUCAUGAAAGCUUAAAGCAAAUUUGGAAGUAAUGACGUACUUUGGAAAUGACGCAAUACGAUCUUAACGUUAUACUAACAAUUAUUGGUCAUAGGUGAAAAAAAAGAAUGAAAUUUCAGGUCACGAUUAUGGUAUCUUGGGAGACAAAUUCAUACGCUUAGUGAAUAAAAUGGAGGGUUAUCCAAAAAUCGGUUGCGGGUGUAUAACAAACAAAUAAGACGAUGCAGGGACAAUAAAAGGGUCUUACCUUUGCUUUUGCAAGAAAGAAUAUUUUACGUUCAAAAUCAGUAGAUUUUAGUAAUUUUCAUCGAUUGAGCAUUCAGUCAUUUACGUGUAAUUUAAAACUUAUUUCAGAUAUAGAUGAGUGUGUAGUAGAUACACAACACAAUUGCAGUUCUGAUGCAUUUUGUAAUAACACUCACGGAUCCUUCAAUUGUACAUGUAAACCUGGAUUUAUAGGAGAUGGAGAAAACUGCACAGGUAGUAUUCUCAGUGGUACGUGUGUUCUCGUAUGGCAGCAGAAACUUCAUAUCUUCUCUUUCAUCCUCUUCCCCUGUUACAACUUGCUUUUUAAAGCAAUGCAACGACAGAGGUGGAUGCAGGGGAGGUGGAUUGGAAGGCUAGCCACCUCCCCUUUCUUAGCCGACUUGCUUAUUUGUUAGAACAGUUCAACUGACACUUUAUUCCCGUGUUAUGCUCGAUAUCGUGUACUAUUCUCAGUGGUACGUGUGUUCUCGUAUGGCAGCAGAAACUUCAUAUCUUCUCUUUCAUUCUCUUCCCCUGUUACAACUUGCUUUUUAAAGCAAUGCAACGACAGAGGUGGAUGCAGGGGAGGUGGAUUGGAAGGCUAGCCACCUCCCCUUUCUUAGCCGACUUACUUAUUUGUUAGAACAGUUCAACUGACACUUUAUUCCCGUGUUAUGCUCGAUAUCGUGUACAGCCAGGAAGAGAACAAGUUUUUUGUAAUGUAAUCAUUUCUAUAUUUUAAUAUGUGGCGUUGUAUGAAUUCGCGGUGUGGCAGGUUCCUGUUCAUCCUUACUCAAUUAAAACGUUUCACGGACGCCAUAGGACAAGUUACCCUUAUCACCCACUCCCUCCUAGCUCAUAAAAUCCUGGAUCGGCCCAACUGAACGAACGCCCAUUGACGGGUAAGAGGAGUCACAUUACAAACUAAGCUCAUUAUUUGUGGUUUUCAAUAAUGCAAUAUUACAGACAUCGACGAGUGUGAAGCAGACACUUACGUGUGCGGUUCUGAUGCCAUUUGUAACAACACCCACGGAUCCUUCAAUUGCACAUGUAAACCUGGAUAUAGAGGAGAUGGAAAUAACUGCACAGGUAAUACUCAUGUUAGUGUCUGGUCUGCUCGCACGGCAUCAAACGCUUUGUGUUUGUUUCAGUGUUUGUUUUUUUGAUUUUUUCUCUUUUGUUUCCUUAACAACUUACAUCGUCUGUAGCUACAAAACGAACGUCAGUGGGUUUACCGUUGUCUAGACAGCUGAUAGGAAUCCACCGUGCCAGCUUAGUUUAUUGUCAUUGAUGUUCAACUAUGAUUUCAGACAUCAAUGAGUGUGAAGAAGGAACCCACAAUUGCAAUUCUAAUGCAGUUUGUAAUAACACCAAAGGAUCCUACAACUGCACGUGUAAACCAGGAUAUGAAGGGAACGGACAUAAUUGCACAGGUAGUUUCUUUCUUAACUUGGCCAUUUUGCAUGCCUUCGAAAGCACUGCUGUUUUACUGUUUCCAUGAUAUGUUCUCUAUAGAAACCAUUUGUUAGAUACAGUCUAACCUCUCCACAACGGCCACCUUGGAGACAGAAGAAAGUGGCCGUUGAGGAGAGGUGACCUUUAGUAGAGGUUAGACUGUAUUACCUCAAAAGGUAAGAAAGUUUAAAACGCCUUAACGUACUAGUAUACAGUGCAUGUGUAGCUUCCUAUUUAGUGCACUGACCUGCAUCAGAAACUUGAUUUUCUUUGUUUUUUCGUGUUUCUUUUUUCUCUUGUGUUUCUUUUGCACCUUUCUCCUCAGUUCAAGAUUACACUUUGUAUAGAACGUUGAGAGGAAUCCACAUUGCAAAGUUAACUUUUGCUAUUGAUCAAUAUGAUUUCAGACGUCGAUGAGUGUAAAUCAGCAGAAACCCACAAUUGCAGUUUUAAAGCGUUUUGUAAUAACACCGAGGGCGCAUACAACUGCACGUGUAAACCUGGGUACAUGGGAGACGGAUGGAACUGUACAGGUGAUUGA